AUGUCGUCUGUCCUUGCUAACCUCGCCCGGUCAAUGACCCCCCGUCUGACUUCGGUCAUUUCGCGCCCCGCCCUCGCAACCGCCAUCACCACCAUCGCCCGCUACCAGCAGCAAAACAACGCUGCCAUGACCAACAUGGAGGCUUCGACGGCGUUUGGAGCAACCCGUGGAAUGAAAGUCCGGGCUUCGGUCAAGAAGAUCUGUGAAGGCUGCUCGUCGGUUAAGCGUCGUGGCCGUGUCUUUAUUAUUUGUAGCAAGAACCAGAAGCAUAAGCAGAGACAGGGAUAA